AUGAAGAACAAUACAUUGAAGAAUAUAUUGACAGAAGAACCGAUAAAACUCCAGACAGAUUUUGUGCUAUUGAAUGGGCAAAAAGCUGCUUUUAAGGGUCUAGAGCCAGAGAUAAUCGCAAAAAGCUUCAAAUUAUCCAACCUAGCAAAGGCAAGAAGAAGGAGAAAACAUUGCAUUGAUCAUCGUCCAAAAUUUAAAGAUGCAAAUUUAUAA